GAUAUUCCUCCCGAUUACCAAAGCAAUCGACGCCGCGUGAGAAAGCCAGAGCCAGCAAAUUCAAUGGACGCCAUUCUCUAGAUCUUAUUGCUUCUUCUUCUUCAUACAUUUGAACGCAUUGCUGACUCCUCCAUAGCUUUUUUCCCAUGGCAGAGUAAAGCUUUCAAUUUUAUGUGUUUUAUGCAAAUGGUUCACGGCGGCGAAUAACUGCUGGGAAGUUGAGGAAGUUGUGUUAGUAGGAUUUGGAGCUAGGUUUUAUAGAUUCCACUGCAUGUUUGAUUGAUUUGUAUUGCGAUGAUGAUGGCGGAUGAGAGCGCUAAACGUUGGUCUCCUGAGAAGUUGCCGGAGCCCGGCGGCGGAGAAACUGAGGCCUCGGAAAUUCCGAGUGAGAGAGAUUUGGAUUUGGAGAUGGUUUGGAGCUUGCUUUCGGGCAAUGAUUCUGAUCCAGCACAGAGAAUGCCACAGGACCCAUCUCUGAAUUUCAUGCAACUUGGUCUUUCUCAUGACUACUUGAAAGCACCAGCAACAUCUAGCAUAGUGGAAUCACCAGUGGAGUUAGAAAUGCCCAUUUAUGAUAAGUUUCCUGUUCAGUACAGUUUCAUACAGAAUCCUGAAGUUUUAUAUGAUGUGAGCAUGUAUUCCCAACCAUUGUUAGAAGACAAUCUAUUUCCUCCUGCUGAGCUUAAUUUUGGGAUUGGGCCUUGCAAUGGCGAGGAUAUGAUUAGUGUGAAAGAUCAAGAAUGGAAGUCUUCAACUUGCUAUGGACGCUUAGGCGGUAUUAUCAACAAUGAAGGUUUGACAUGGAGAACUGAUGAAGGAAAUCAAGAUAAUUAUUUCAGUAGCAGAAGAGAGAUUGAUUUGAAGCCAGCCGACCAGACUUGGACAUACAUUCCCUCUGUAUUCCCUAAAAAACAAGAAUUAUGUGCAGAGGACAGAACAGAUCCUACCAUUGACAAGAAACCAUUUAAUGAGGUUGGUCCAUUCAUCUCAAAUGAACUACUAAAUCCAUUUUCUUCUGUUCAGCUACCUUCCUAUUCAAGCAGAAGUCAGUUAGUUUAUAGAGAAGAUGAAAGUGAAGGCACAAUACAUGAGUCUGCAGAUCCUCACAAUUAUCAUAAUCUGAUUGGUUCCACUACAUCACAAAAGCCCCUUCUGGUUAAUAAUGACUGUGCUCUGAUUGGUCAUGUUGGAGACAAAUGUGACCCUGUGCCAUCGACUUCAAUCAAACAGGGAUCGGAUUCUUUUAAAACAGAGAACAUACAUGGUUUGCAAAAAACAAACAACUUACCUUCAUCAUCAGCUGGCCACCAAUCAGUUCAAAGCUCAUCUCCUCAAGGAACAUGUGCUGCUACUGAUGAUGGCGAUGUGUGCAUUCUGGAGGAUUUAAGUGCAUCAGCUCAACCGAACCCAAAUGUCUCUAACAAGAGGUCUUCUGUUAACUUACGGCGCCCAAAAUGUAGUGAUGCUUUAACUCGUGCCAAGGCAGGACACAAGAGGUUCAGACCAAAUGAUGAAAAAUAUGUUUUUCAAACUGCAUUGCUGCACCUUUCUCAGCCAAGAUCUGAAGAAAAACCUCCAGAUGGUGUUCUUGCUGUUCCUCUUUUGAGACACCAGCGAAUUGCUUUAUCAUGGAUGGUCAAGAAGGAAACAACAAACCCACGCUGUUCUGGUGGGAUUCUAGCAGAUGACCAGGGGCUUGGAAAAACAAUAUCAACUAUUGCUCUCAUACUCAAAGAAAGAUCUCCAUCUCUUAGAGUAUCUGCAGCCAUUACAAAACAGACCGAGGCAGAGACGUUCGAUUUGGAUGAUGAUGAUGAUGAUGCUACUAAUACGUCUAAGGCUACCAAGUCAAUUAAAAAAGCUCGUCUAGUGAACAGCUGCUCUUCCACAGGUUCUAAACCAUCUGUACGUGCAAGGGGCAGGGCAGCUGCUGGCACCCUUAUUGUAUGCCCAACAAGUGUCCUGCGCCAAUGGUCUGAGGAAUUGCGUAACAAGGUUGAUAACAAAGCUAAUCUUUCUGUGCUAGUAUACCAUGGAUGCAAUAGAACAAAGGAUCCCUUUGAACUAGCAAACUAUGAUGUUGUGCUUACAACCUAUUCAAUUGUAAGCAUGGAAGUUCCCAAACAACCUCUUGAUGAUGAGGAUGAUGAUGACGCCCAAAAGCACAACACAGAUUCAGUAAAUGGCCUUUCAUCUUGUAAAAAGAGGAGAAGUCCUCAGAGCUCUGAAAAGAAAUCACCAAAGCGCAAGAAGGGGACAGAUGGUGAAUUGCUUGAUAAUCUAGAUCGCCCUCUUGGCCGGGUUGCUUGGUUUAGAGUUGUAUUAGACGAGGCUCAAAGCAUCAAGAAUUACAAAACUCAAGUAGCAAGAGCUUGUUGGGGUCUCCGUGCUAAACGUCGGUGGUGCUUGUCGGGUACACCCAUCCAGAAUGCAGUUGAUGACUUAUAUAGCUACUUCAGAUUUCUUAGAUUUGAGCCGUAUUAUUCAUAUAAGAAUUUUUGUUCUUCACUUAAAGUCCCUAUUCAAAAAAGUCCAACACGCGGGUACAGAAAACUUCAAGCAGUGCUUAGGACUGUAAUGCUACGUCGAACUAAAGGAACAUAUAUUGAUGGAGAACCGGUUAUCAACCUUCCGCCUAAGAAAAUAGAGUUGAAAAAGGUUGAAUUUACACAAUGGGAGCGGGAAUUUUAUUGCAGACUUGAAGCUGAGUCACGAGCGCAGUUUGCGAAAUAUGCAGCUGCUGGAACUGUCAAACAGAAUUAUAUUAACAUAUUACUGAUGCUCCUGCGUCUUCGUCAAGCUUGUGAUCACCCACAUCUUGUUGAGAGAUCCAAUUCAAGUUCAGUUUUGAGAACCUCAAUUGAAAUGGCAAAGAAGUUAUCCGCCGAGAAACGAUCUUCACUUUUGAAAUGCUUAGAGGCUUCUUUAGCAAUUUGUAGCAUAUGCAGUGAUCCACCUGAAGAUGCCAUCGUGACAGUCUGUGGGCAUGUCUUUUGCAACCAGUGCAUUUGUGAACAUUUAGCUGGUGACACCACUCAUUGUCCUACAACAGACUGCAAAACCGAACUGAGUGCUUCUUUACUAUUCUCCAAAACAAUGUUAACCGAUCCUGCACCUGAUGAACAGAGCCAGUUGAAUGAUACUGAUCAGACCAAUUCAGAGUCAGUUGAUAAACCACAGCUGCAUACGUUUGGAUGCUCGUACGAUUCUUCAAAAAUCAAGGCUGCUCUUGAGGUUCUACAAUCAUUGUCUAAAUCACGGGAUGGUAACUCUCCAAAAUGUGAAGAUGAGCGUAGUAGCUGUAAUCAGACAACAAAGAUAGCUGGAGAGAAAGCGCUUGUGUUUUCACAGUGGACAGGAAUGUUGGAUUUGCUUGAGGAUUGCCUGAGAAGGUCGACUAUCCAGUACAGGAGACUUGAUGGAACUAUGUCUGUUGUUGCUAGAGACAAAGCUGUAAAAGAUUUCAACACAAUUCCUGAGGUCUCUGUUAUGAUUAUGUCUCUGAAGGCAGCUAGUCUUGGGCUGAAUAUGGUUGUGGCCUGCCAUGUCAUCCUAUUGGACCUGUGGUGGAACCCAACAACUGAAGAUCAAGCCAUUGACAGAGCACAUAGGAUUGGCCAGUGUAAUCCUGUCACAGUUUUGCGCUUGACUGUAAAGGAUACUGUUGAAGACCGUAUUCUGGCUCUUCAGGAAAAGAAGAGGGAAAUGGUGGCUUCUGCAUUUGGAGAGGAUAAAAAUGGCAGCCGACAGACUCGUCUAACCGUGGAGGACCUGGAAUAUUUAUUCUACCGCUAACAUUGAGACUCUUAACACUGGUACUUCUCACCAUUUCUCACUGGCGUGCGUCAUCCGUAUGAUAAUAUCAGACUCUAGUAUACACAUGGAAAGAACGAUUGAGAUCUUCUGACUGGUCCGUCCUCAAGGAUUAACACAAUCCAUUUUUCUAACUAUUGUUCAAUCAUCACCCCACCACCCUCUUGUAUAGGCGGGGUUUAUUCUUCUAGUGUUCUUUAGACCGGACGGGGAUGGGCAUUUUGCUGGCAAAAGUUCAGGUUGUAGAUUUAAGUAUGGAAAAGUAGUAUUAAUACAAGUAAUUGUAUAUGGUUAGUCUCUCUUAGAAAUGAGUGCUAACUCGGAUGGUGGCCACAAUUUUUUGGCAAUUUAUAACCCUCUCAAUGUAUUUAUUGGCAUUGGGUAUAAU